UAUAUGUAGUGUGGCAUUUGUAUGCACCGACGACAGUCGAAUAUAUUAUGUUUGUGUAAACGCUAUCCGCACGAAAACGAUAAUAAAAAUUAACCUUAAUUCAUAAAAUUAUCUGAAAAGUUAAUAUUUCUAUUAAGUUCUAAGCAACCGAUGGUAUAAUUUUUUGACACUAACAUUUAUAUUUGACGCAAGAAAAAUCUAGCAGGUAUUAGGGACACUAAAUAAAUCGUGUAGAAAAAGAAGAAGAAGAAUAAGAAACGAACAAGAAAUUGAAUGCAUGUAAAACAAGUGAAUAGAUAGUUAUAAUUGGUGUUCUUUUUCCUAAACUUGUUUUGUUUAACAGUUAGAUAAUAAGAAAAAAUAGCAACAAAGUUCUGUGCCAGAAUUCAAUUUACCGGUUGUAUUUACCAAUCUAAGAAACCAGAAAGCUAUAAACGAACACUCAUGGCAUCGGACGAUGAAAAUGAGGAAUCCUACGCUGCUGAAGAAGAGGAUCAACAAGAAGAAGAAGAACAACGGGGAGAUGGUUCAGGCGAUUCAGAUGAAAAUUUGGCAAAAAUAGCUGCAAAUGUAAGGGAUGAUGAUGAUGAUUAUGAGCCUGAACACGGUACGAAGAGAAAAAAGGGUAAAAAACGGAAAGCAAAGUCGGACAAAAAUCGCAAAAAGAAAAAGCGAAAGAAAAAUGGCAGUGGAGAGGAUAGCGAUUUUGUUGCACCAGCAGAAGAAGAUGUCAUUGAUUCUGAUUAUGCAUCAACAAAGAAAGGUCGAAGUAAAAAGAAGGAAGAAAAACUAUCUAAAGCUACCAACAGUGGAACGGUUGACACAAGCAUGCCAACAAUUGAAGACGUAUGUAAUUCCUUCGACCUUACUGAUGUGGAUAUUGAGUUCAGCGAUGAAGACUUCCGAAACUUGACCACAUACAAAUUAUUCAAUCAACAUGUGAGACCUAUCUUGCAAAAAGAGAAUCCAAAAGUACCAAUGUCCAAGCUAAUGAUGUUGGUCGCAGCAAAAUGGCGCGAAUUCUCUGAAUCGAAUCCACACCUGCAAGAAGAAACAAAAGAUGAUGACGAAUCGCCACCCCGAUCACCUGAAUACACACCAAAGCCUAGUAGAUCGCGCUCAUCAAAAUCAGCUGCCCCAGAAAAAAAUGAUGACUAUGACGACGAAGAAGAUGAAGAUGAUGAACCUGAGGUCAAAUUGAAGCGUAGCAAACGGAGUAGUAGAAGUGCUAGUAAGCGUCGCAAGCAAGGCAAAGUGCCAACGUUGAAGAUAAAAUUUGGAAAAAGAAAACAAGGAAGCUCUGAUGAAGAUGCUGAAAUGAGCGAACGCUCGGAACGUGAUUCAGACGUUGAGUUUGAGAAAAUGUUGCAAAAAUCUGAUGAGAAGCAAGAUAGAGAAAGUGAAGAAAAAUCGAAAAGUAACGACGAUGCCUCAAAUGAGCCAAUUAUUAAGAAAAAGGCCAAAACCAAGAUUGGAAUGAAAAAUAAAAAGAAGAAGAAAACAAAAACCACCAAUCGUUUUCCCGAGGGAGAUGAUGGAGAACAUGAGCAUCAGGACUAUUGUGAGGUUUGUCAACAAGGUGGUGAAAUUAUUUUGUGUGACACAUGUCCGAAAGCUUAUCACUUGGUGUGCUUGGAACCAGAGCUAGACGAAGCACCAGAAGGAAAGUGGUCUUGUCCAGCAUGUGAGGCUGAUGGUCCCAUUGAACAGGAAGACGAGGAUGAUGAACACCAAGAGUUUUGCCGAGUAUGUAAGGAUGGUGGUGAAUUGUUAUGUUGUGACUCUUGCCCAUCGGCUUAUCAUACAUUCUGUUUGCGUCCUCCGCUAUAUGAAAUUCCGGAUGGUGAUUGGCGUUGUCCUCGAUGCAGUUGUCCAACACUGCCAGCGAAAAUUCAACGCAUAAUAACUUGGCGAUGGAAAGAAAUUCCAGUUGAGGGUGAAGCCUCAACAUCAAAAAAACCGCAAAUUCGACGAGAACGUGAAUUUUUCGUUAAAUGGCAAGAACAAUCUUAUUGGCAUUGUGAUUGGGUUACUGAACUACAAUUGGAUGUUUUUCAUCCACUAAUGUUCCGAUCAUAUAUUCGAAAAUAUGACAUGGAAGAACCACCGAAGCUUGAAGAAGCAUUGGAGGAAGCUGAUAACCGCUACAAACGCAUUCAAAUGCAUAAAGCUGAAGGACAAGAAGUUGAUGAAAAUGCUUUAGAAGAAAAGUACUACAGAUAUGGCGUAAAGCCUGAAUGGCUUAUGGUUCAUCGCGUUAUAAAUCAUCGUACCAUGCGUGAUGGUACAAUUUUGUAUUUUGUCAAAUGGCGUGAAUUACCUUACGACCAAUGUACUUGGGAAGAAGAUAACGAUGAAAUUCCUGGACUCAAAGCAGCUAUUGAAUAUUACACGGACCUACGAGCGGCUUUAACGAGCGAUGGAUCUUCGCGAAAGAAAGGAAAAAAGGGCCGUAAGAGUCGAAAUCGUGAUUUGGACGAUGAAGAUAAACCUUACAAACGUUAUACACCACCUCUGGAAAAGCCUGUCACCGAUUUAAAGAAGAAACUAGAAGUUCAACCGCAAUAUUUGAAUGAUACCGGAAUGCAACUGCAUCCAUAUCAACUGGAAGGUAUUAACUGGUUGCGUUACUCAUGGGCAAAUGGAAUCGAUACAAUUUUAGCAGAUGAAAUGGGUUUGGGAAAGACAAUUCAAACCGCAACGUUCUUAUAUUCAUUGUAUAAAGAAGGGCAUUGCAAAGGUCCAUUCUUAAUUGCUGUACCACUGUCAACACUAAUCAACUGGGAGAGAGAAUUCGAGCUAUGGGCACCGGAUUUCUAUUGUAUUACGUAUGUUGGAGACAAAGAUUCUAGAGCUAUUAUCCGCGAAAAUGAACUUUCAUUCGAAGAGGGUGCUAUUCGAGGUGGAGCUCGACCAUCAAAGCUGCGUUCGAAUAAUGUCAAAUUUAACGUUUUGCUGACAAGCUAUGAGCUAAUUUCCAUUGAUCAAAGUUGCCUCGGUUCAAUUGAUUGGGCAAUGCUUGUGGUUGAUGAAGCUCAUCGGUUGAAAAGCAACCAAAGUAAAUUCUUUAAAUGUUUGGCCACAUACAAUAUCGCUUACAAACUACUAUUGACUGGAACUCCAUUGCAAAAUAACCUCGAAGAACUAUUUCAUUUGUUGAAUUUCUUGAACAAAAACAAAUUCAAUGAUUUAGCAGAGUUUCAAAGUGAAUUUGCAGAUGUCUCAAAAGAGGAACAAGUUAAGCGAUUGCAUGAAAUGCUGGGACCACAUAUGCUACGUCGUUUAAAAGCAGACGUAUUGAAGAAUAUGCCAUCCAAAUCUGAAUUCAUCGUUCGUGUUGAGCUUUCACCAUUACAAAAGAAAUACUACAAAUAUAUAUUGACUAAAAAUUUCGAAGCUCUGAAUCCCAAAACGGGCGGUAGCGCUUGCUCGCUUCUUAAUAUUAUGAUGGAUUUAAAAAAGUGUUGUAACCAUCCGUAUUUGUUUACAGCUGCUGCCGAAGAGGCUCCACUUGGACCAGGCGGUGGUUAUGCAAUUGAACCCUUAACAAAAGCAGCUGGAAAAUUGGUGUUACUUUCAAAAAUGUUGAAACAGUUAAAGGAGCAGGGUCAUCGUGUGUUAAUUUUUUCACAAAUGACAAAAAUGUUAGACAUUCUUGAAGAUUUCCUUGAUGGGGAAGGAUAUAAAUAUGAGCGAAUUGAUGGUACUAUUACUGGUAACAUUCGACAAGAAGCUAUCGAUCGAUUCAAUGCACCUGGCGCUCAACAAUUUGUAUUCUUGCUUUCGACUCGAGCUGGGGGACUUGGUAUUAAUUUGGCUACAGCAGACACAGUAAUUAUUUAUGACUCAGAUUGGAACCCACACAAUGAUAUACAAGCAUUUUCACGUGCACAUCGUAUUGGACAAGCAAAUAAAGUGAUGAUCUAUCGAUUCGUUACAAGAAAUUCGGUUGAGGAGCGUGUCACUCAAGUUGCAAAACGCAAAAUGAUGUUAACGCAUUUGGUUGUACGACCUGGUAUGGGUGGAAAGGGUGCCAAUUUCACUAAACAAGAAAUGGAUGACAUUUUGAAAUUCGGAACCGAGGAAUUAUUCAAAGAAGAUGAAAAUAAUGGUGAAGACUCUCAAGCUAUUCACUAUGAUGACAAAGCUGUUGCGGAAUUACUGGAUAGAUCAAACCGUGGCUUGGAAGAAAAAGAAAGUUGGGCCAAUGAGUACCUGUCAUCAUUCAAAGUGGCUUCGUAUGCGACCACGAAAGAUGAAAAUGAAGACCAAGAAGAACGCGAAGUUAUCAAACAGGAAGCAGAAAAUUCUGAUCCUGCCUACUGGGUUAAAUUACUGCGACAUCACUAUGAACAGCAACAAGAAGAUAUCGGUAGAGCUUUGGGUAAAGGAAAACGCGUACGUAAACAAGUCAAUUAUACUGAUGGCGGAGUAGUAGCAGCAGAGCCACGUGACGAUUCAAAUUGGCAAGAAAGUGGAACCGAUUAUAACUCUGACUAUUCUGGUGGAAGUGGAGAGGAUAAUGAAGACGAUGACUUUGAUGAACGUAACGAAAAUGGAGGAGACUUGUCGCGCCGAAGCAGACGUCGUAUGGAAAGAAAGGAAGAACGUGAUCGUCCAUUACCACCUCUCUUGGCUCGUGUUGGUGGAAAUAUUGAAGUUUUGGGAUUCAAUACACGUCAACGAAAGAGCUUCUUGAAUGCAAUUAUGCGUUAUGGCAUGCCUCCACAAGAUGCUUUUAAUUCGCAAUGGCUUGUACGAGACUUACGAGGAAAAUCUGAAAAGAAUUUCAAGGCAUACGUAUCAUUGUUUAUGCGACAUUUAUGUGAACCAGGUGCAGAUAAUGCGGAAACAUUUGCUGAUGGUGUACCACGGGAAGGUUUAUCUAGACAACAUGUGCUAACACGCAUUGGUGUGAUGUCAUUAAUUCGUAAGAAAGUUCAAGAAUUCGAGCAUAUAAAUGGAUUUUAUAGCAUGCCUGAAUUAAUUCGAAAUAAAAACAAUUUGGAACAACAAAAAUCGAACACCGCUCAUCAACAACAAUGUGGUGAUCGAAGUGAAACAACUAGCGCAAGUGCAAGCCCUGCACCAAUCGAUACAAUCGAAAUUGAGGGCAGCACCGUCACCGAUGGUGAUAAAGAAAAAAUUGAGAAAGAUAAGAAAUUAGAUGGAGAAGAAAAAGUAUCUGUAGAUACAUCGAAUGCAGAUGAUAUAGACACGACGAAGACCAUAGUCAAAGUGGAAACUAAUAAGAAUGGAACAGAAUCGAACUCUGACCACCACCAAUCCAAUAAAGAGGAACCGAAAGAAAAUGUAGAAGAAAAAGUUGAAAGUAAUAGUGAAAAAAUCAAAGAAGAAGAAAACGAUGAUGAAAAGAAAGAAAAACAAUCUGUGGCAUCAAUUGAUGAUGAUGACGAUGACGUUGUUAUAGUGAAGGAUGAUGAAGAUGAGAAGAAAAUAGAAACUAAAGUGGAAGGCAAUUUGGAGGUGCAUAAACGUAAUUUCAUGUUUAAUAUUGCUGAUGGAGGUUUCACUGAAUUGCAUACCCUUUGGUUAAACGAAGAAAAAGCAGCUGUUCCAGGUCGAGAAUAUGAAAUUUGGCACAGACGGCAUGACUACUGGCUUCUUGCUGGUAUUGUAACACAUGGGUAUGGACGUUGGCAAGAUAUUCAACAAGACAUUCGUUUUGCAAUAAUUAAUGAACCAUUCAAAAUGGAUGUGGGAAAGGGGAAUUUCCUAGAAAUCAAAAACAAGUUCUUGGCCCGUCGCUUCAAACUAUUGGAGCAAGCAUUGGUGAUUGAAGAACAAUUGCGUCGAGCCGCUUACCUGAACUUAGCUCAAGAUCCAAAUCACCCGGCAAUGUCCCUUAAUUCGCGGUUUGCCGAAGUAGAAUGCUUAGCUGAAUCACAUCAACAUUUGAGCAAGGAAUCACUGGCUGGAAAUAAACCAGCAAAUGCAGUGUUACACAAAGUAUUGAACCAGCUAGAAGAAUUAUUGAGUGAUAUGAAGAGUGAUGUAUCACGUUUACCAGCCACAUUGGCAAGAAUUCCGCCGGUUGCACAACGUCUACAAAUGUCGGAACGCUCAAUUUUAUCGCGUUUAGCAGCUACAGCAGGAAAUACUAACAACACAGUACCACAAAUACCGCAAUUCCCUCCUGGCUUCCAAGGAACAUCAUUGGCACAUUUCGCGGGCAACUCUGGUAAUUUUUCAACAUUCAGACCCCAAUUCUCAGUACCAGGCCAAUCGACUGGAUCAAAUUUUAAUACAACACAGUAAAUCACAAGAUGGUUACUUUGGUGAAACAAAUUUGGACUAGAGAACAAUUACAAACUCAUAAUACAAAAAAAAACAAUUUUGAAUACUUUAAAUAACAUCUAUUUCGUCUUUUAUUUUCUAGAAUUAUGACAUUUUUAAUAUUUAUAAUUUCAAAUAUAUGAAAAUAAAGAAUAAUAAUACCGAUCAAAA